AUGAGGUAUAAAUUUCAUGGUCCUGAUUUUGAUGCAAAGUUACGGAGACACCAUGACAUGACAGGACUACCAACGUUUCCAUUCCAAGCCACUAUGCCUCUCUCAAUUUUCCGACGACUCUUGACAUGGCGGCCGCUUCUAUUCUACGCCGUGGCGUGGACGGUCCUUCUAACGGCAACAAUGGCAGUGGCAUCGUUCUCUGCCAAGAUUGCAUUUGUCUUGGCCGUGUCACCGUCUUCGUCUUUCUCGCCGCCUUGUAAUGUGGUCGGGCCCAGGAUUCCGGUGGAGAUCGUGUGCUUGCCAGUUCACCUGGUGAAGAGGUCUGGUUUGGAUGUCAUUGUGCCAACCGUUUUUGUUGCUUCGGUUGUGGCCGGGUCUGCAUGCAUGAUUCGAGCCGUGGGCUUGUAG